AUGAGGGUUUGCGCCACCGCCGGCGGCGACCUAAUCGACGACCAGUACGCGAAGCCGUUGCCAUGGAUCGGGCUGUACAUCGCUGCCGCCUCGCUGCUCUGCGCGGCGUCGAUGGCCUACGACGCCUACAGCGGCUUCCGCCGCCUGAAGCUCUGGUUCCCUUGCAGGCUCUUCUCCCUCAACGCCACCACCCUGACGGUGCUCGGCGUGGCCGCCAAGCUGCCGAUGGACCUCAACACUGCCAUGCCCCACGCCACCGACCAGCUCACCAAACUCAGCGGCACGGUCCUCCUGUGCACGGCGAUGGGCAACUUCAUACCGUCUCUGGGCUCCAUGAACAAGUCCGAGAUCCUCUCCAACGUCCUGGCCCUGGCCAUCCUGGUCGUCACCGUCGUCGUCAACAUCUGCAUCCAGAUGGGCACCGGGGUGAUCUACGCAUUCUUGCCGGAGCACGCCGUCGUGGUAGUCGCCAUGAUGAUCCUCCUCCUCAUCUUCGUCUCCUGCGCCGUGUCGGUGCCGACCACCAAGGACCAUCUGGAGAAGCUCUACGACCGCAAGUACGAGGAGGUCUCCUUCGACCCGGCGAAGGGUGACGGCCUGGCGGCGCUGAAGAUGUGCGUGAAGAAGUACUGGCUGAUGGCUCACACCAGCAGCCCGCAGUUCGUUCUGGGGCGGUCUGCAACCUGCACGGCCUCGGGGGCCUUCUGCCUCCUCGCUGCCGCGAUCUUCGUGGAGGCCCUGCUGAGAGGCCUCUUCUGGAAUUCGAGCCUGCGGCUCUGUCGCGGGACUUCGGACUACGGCUGGUCGUCCGGCGUGGUCCUCUCAGCCCAGGCGGCGGGUAUCCUGCUCGGCACCGUCGCGCCGGCCUGCCGAUGGUUCAACGCGGUCAGAUUCAGGAGCACAAACGGCAGGGGAUGGAGCUGGAAGGCCGAGUUCCGAGUGGAGGACUACUGGGUCCAGCGGCUGAAGGACUGGAAGGCGGCCCCGCUGCAGUUCCAGACCGGCGGAGGGAAGGGGGGGCGCCGUUGGAGGAGGAUCGCCCAUCGGCUGAAGGAUGCCGUGAUGAGUUCGCUGAUAUGGGUCCAGAAGGGGGUCGUCACGGGGAGCAAGUUGUUGAGGCUCGUCUCUGUGCUGCCGCUGAGCUUGGUAGACAGAGGCGGGUUGUUGAGGAACAGUAGCAGCGUGCGGCCGGAGAAUGCGGACCUGAAGGAUUAUGUGUUGCGCCUCGAAGGGGAGGAAGAUCUGGUGCGGCUGAUCACACGGUCGGAGAGGAGGGACACGGAUACGUGGAUUGAUAAAGGCAAGCGGAGGAAACCAGCAACCAUGGUAGAGCUCAUACGGACACAUUUCAACUGUAAUGAAGGGUUCAGGGAAGUGGGUGCAUUCGACAAUAAGACAAUUCCCUCCCUGCGUUCUGAACCGCCGAACUGCUGGGGGCUGCCGCUGGCGACUCUUGCCGCCGUGGCCGUGGCGCUGCCGGGCAUCGAUCGAGUGUCGGUUGACUUGCUGCUCCGUGGGGUGGGCGAGGGGCUCCGGUAUGUCAGGCUCAUUGAAAGGAAUUUGGAUGGGAAGGGACUGGUGAAUAUGAGGGAGGCAGCGGAUCUCAUCUGGGCUGACGUUGAACUCGACGACCGAUGGCUCGGACAGGAUCUUCACAGUGUGGCCCCUGGUGAACAGAGAAACGGAAGGAAUGUGCUUGAGAAAGUACAAGAGAUAGCGAAGGAACGCGUUCUGGACUUCUUUCGGGGAAAUGACCAGGACCCUGAGGCAAAUGUUGAAGAGAAUCCACUCGAAUGGCCUGAGAAGGUGCUGGCAGCCCAUUGUAUGGACAGAGUAUGCAGAACCAUCCUCGCAGACUACGACUGCGAGCAUCAAGCAGAUGAUCAGAGACUGUUUUCCUGGCUGCGAAGGGUGAUAGCUAAUAUACUGGGAGCUUGUCUCACCAACCUGUCAGUUGCUGUUUCCAUGGAGUGCAUCUGCUGCAAGGUGGAGGUGAGAGAAAAGAGUGUCAGGGAGGCGGCGCAUAUUCUUGGAGAAGCUGAGGAGGUUCUUACUCUGCUGGGAGAUCCCGAAGUUGCCCGUUUUUGGCCUGAAGAAAGACAAUACAUAGAUAACUGGCGGAAUGAGGUUGAAUCUAGUUCACUAGACUCCUCUCAACAUGGUCUCGUCUAG